CGCCCCGCGCCCUCACGUUGUCACGUACAAAUACUCUCGUCGCGCCGCGCGCCACCUCGCCGCCGAGGCACGACGCGCACUUGCGCCACGAGAACGUGCCACGUCACGUGUGUUCUUUUGACGCAAGCAUGAGCCAGGGGCAGCCGAGGAGGCCGCCGCCCGACGGCAGCGGGGCCCGGCCGGUGAUGUACGGCGACGUGUUCGACGUCUCCGGCGAGCUGGCCGGGCAGCCCGUGGCGCCCAGGGACGCCGCGAAGCUGCAGUCGGCCGAGGAGGCCGUGCUCGGCGAGGCGCAGAAGGGCGGGCCCGCCGCCGCCAUGCAGUCCGCCGCGGCGAUCAACGCGCGGGCGGGGCACGUCGGGCGCGCGCAGGUCACCGGCGCCAUCGCCGACGAGGGCGUCGCCGUCGCCGUCGCCGAGACCGAGCUCCCCGGGCGCCGCGUCGUCACCGAGUCCGUCGCCGGGCAGGUGGUGGCGCGGCUCGCCACCCCGCCGCGGGUGGUGGCCACCCAGCCGUCCGGCUCUCUGGACAAGGACGCCGUGACGAUCGGCCGCGCUCUGGAGUGGGCCGCGACCGCCGCGGCGGCGGGUAAGCCGGUGGACCAGAGCGACGCGGCGGCAAUCCAGGCCGCCGAGAUGCUCGCCACGGGGCGCACCGUCACCGUCCCCGGAGGCGUCGCCGCCGCGGCGCAGGCUGCGGCGGACCACAACGCCGCGCCCGCGGCACGCGACGAGGACAGGAUCAAGCUCCGGGACGUCCUCACGGGGGCGAGGGGCAAGCUGCCGGCGGACAAGGCGGCGACGAGGGAGGACGCGGAGAGGGUGCCGUCGGCCGAGGUGCGGAACAGGCCGGACAUGGCGACGACGCCGGGCGGCGUGGCGGACGCGGUGACCGCGGCGGCGCGGCUCAACCAGGAGCGCCCGACCCGUAGCUUUUAGCGAGCAUAUGUGUUUACGGUGCUAAGUAUGUUUUUCUUUUCGUUUGUUUUAUUUUUUAGCAAAAAUGUGCGUGCUAAUAUGUUCUAUAUACUAUGAAUAAAACUGUUAUGUGUAGCAUUCUCCUCCGUAUAA